AUGGUGAACUUCGAAUUGGUCAUAAAUCCCGGAAAAGAAUAUUUCGAUGAACUAAUUGCGAUGGUAAGUAAAUUUUGGAGUGAAUACGCUGAUGCGGCGGACGUCUAGAGAUUUUUUGCGCCAAAAAUGAAUUGAUAAAAUACUCAACGAGGGAAAAAUAGAUACUUUUCUAGUUUUCGUGGACAUGUUCUUCCAAACAUAGACAUUUUCCAGAAAAUUUUAGCUUGUGCCUUGCACGAGCAGGCGAGAUAUUCAAUGAUCAUUGUGGGCGAGACAACGCGCGAAAGGCGGAGAGCGAAAAGGUCUUUCUUUUUAGGCACAAACGUUUCCUUUUCCAGCCGAUAUUUUUGACGCAUAAACUCGCAAAAGUGUCAAAUUUUCACCAACUUUCGGACUAAAAAACCUCAAAAAUUUCUGCAUAACGCAGGCUAGAAAUCUUGCACAUGUCUUACAAUCGUUUCAUCAACAUCCGAGCGUUGUCCUCCAAACAAUUUCCGUUAAAUUGAGUCAAACCUGUUAAAAAUCACCCACAUACCGUGACCGACCUAAGCUAGUGGAAAAAACAUACCAUUUUGUAUCCGGGGAAUAUCAAAAAAUGUGGCAAAACGCCGCCCUCUCCAACUAAACAAACUCCGUUUUGAAGGGCGCGCCACGCACGUCGUUUUUUUCUGCUAAUUAUGGUUUGUAUCGCCACGAAAAACAAGCUUUUGGCGUAAUGCUUUAAAAAUUUUUUUGGCUUGCGAAGCUAAAAAUUUUCACGAAGGACGGAAAGGUCCGCUGUGCGGAAAGGUCCGCUAAAAAAAAGAAAAGAGGAGGGCGGGGAGGGGAGGGGGGAGGUUUUCGAAGGCGCUGAUUUCGAAUAUCGUAUCCAUUUUUUCUGAAUCUUACAAUUUUGCUUAGGCAGUAGUGUUAACUAGUAAUUUUUAAAAAAAGACGUAAGUUAUAUUGUACUUGGUGUUUUGAUUUUUAGGUGUGACUAGUCUCGAAAAAAAUUUUUUUUGAAAUGUUUUCGCUUCGAGACUUGAAAAAAAGGAUUUUUUGUGAAAUUUGAAUAAAAUUUGAAAUGUUUUCGCUUCGGGACUUCAAAAAAGGGAUUUUUUGUGAAAUUUGAAAAAAAAUUGAAAUGUUUUCUCUUCGGGAUUGGGAAAAAAAGAAUUUUUUGGAAAAUUCAACAAAAUUUUGAAAUCUUUUCGCAUCGGGAGUAGAAAAAAGGGUGUCUGACUGAAUAUUAACUGUGGUUCCGCCAGCACUAAAAUUUUGUCUAAAACCAAUGGUACCACCUGGUACUUUUUAUAGUACCACGUGUUUUUGGGCUCUACUAAGCACCAAACCAUCACCAUUACUGCCUUACGGCCAAAUUUUCACUUCUCACUAAACAGUACCAGUUGGUACUAUAUAGUACCAAGUGUUAAAACGUGUUUUUGGGUUCUACUAAGCACCAAACCAACGCCAUUACCGCCUUACGGCCAAAUUUGCACCUCGUACUAAAUAGUACCAGGUAGUACUAUUUAGUACCAAGUGUUAAAAAUGUAUUUUUUAAGCAGUACUAGGCACUAAAACAACACCAUUAACGUCUAACAGUGUUAUAAGUCGAAAAAAUUUCAACAAGAAUCCCUAAAGGUAGUAAAGUAACAGAAACCCAGUUUCAUAUUCAGUCAGUUCAUACUCAGUCAGCUCGAAAAAAUUUCUAAUUUUAUUCAAAUUUCACAAAAAAAUCCUUCUUUCCAAGUUCCGAAGCGAAAACAUUUCAAUUUUCACAACAAAUCCUUUUUUCCAAGUCCCGAAGCGAAAACAUUUCAAUUUUCACAAAAAAUCCUUUUUUCCCACCCUCUUCUUUUCCUUUUUUUAGCGGACCAUUCCGCACAGCGGACCUUUCCGUCCAGCGGACCUUUCCGCACAGCGGACCUUUCCGUACUCAAUCAAAAAUUUUUGCCGGUUGCACCACAAAAACAUUUUUUGCCAAAAAAAUGUGGCAUUGUGCAUUUUUUAUAAUUUUCCUUUUCUUGUGGCCACAUGCAUAAAGUGAUGUGUAACAGCAUAAAUAGCGUCAUAUUUAACAAAAAAUACAUGAAUAUAUAUUUAAGGAGCGUCAACAAUACUAAUAAUCUUAUUAAUCUGAUAUUCGGCGAUACCACCUCUUAGUCCAACAUAAUCCGGGAAUUGAAAAAAAAUCGCGUACAGAAAAUUCUGAAACUAAACACAUAUUUUCUCUGGAUUCUUCUGCAUCAACUGGCAUAUCGGGUAUACCCAAGUUUCGUUGGAACUGCGAGAUAUGACCGAAUCUUCAACAGAAACACCCAUGAUGUUUUAGAUGAAUAUGGAAAGGCUAAGAUGAUAACAGAUGUCAUGUUGAUUCUUAAAGGAGCUUAGUCCAUCGAAAUUUCAGAAAAUAUCAUUCAAUGAGUAUGUGUGCCGAUGGUUUUUGCGUAAAUUAGGUUGUGGUAAAUUAGAAUUUUCGGCGCUUCUUCCCUCUUUUUUCAAUCAAUAAUAGCGCCGCCCCGUUAAAAAAACAUUUUCCAAUUACGAAAGAACGAUGUGCCACGCCAAAAAAAUUCUUUCAGAAAAUUGAAAAAACAAGGAAUCUCGGGGCAUUGAUUUUUUGCGAAGUGCCACAAAAUUAUCGAGUCCGAAGAAUUAUUCUUCUCUUCGAAAAAAUAUUUUGCUCGAAAAAAAACAGAUAGACAAACGAAUGUUUUCUAUUCUAGACGGCCAAAACUGAGGGCUGGGCGGUAACCGGCAAUGAAUACACCGAAUUUUAUCACGGAUUUGAAGACGGGUUGAUCAACAUGUACAUGUACAGAGAGAUUGGUAAGUUUGCCUCAUUUUUUAUCAAAAAACAAUUGCAGAAUCGAAGAAGAUGAUCUCAGCCGUGAUUACAGCGACUUAUCAAAGCACCAACAGCGCGGUCAAAGACCUAAUUGCCGUCGGGUAUUACUAUGUGAUGCCAGAGUACCGAGGGAGAAAGUUUGGACUCGAACUGUUCAAAAAAGCCAUGGAGCCGGCGGAAAAUAAAAAUGCAACCCUCAUUGGAGGUAAGUGGAUAUUUUCCUUUCCAAAAAAUUCUCUAAAAUACGAAGAAAUAUUGAUCUUUAUUCAUUUUAAUGACAUAAUUCUUCCGUUAUCAGUUGAGGAAAUGUAUCAAAAGUACGCUGACUUGUUUGGAUUCCGUUUACUCUCCCAAUUUACAAUUGACUGUUAACGGAUCAACAUUGGUGACCUAGAUACUUCGAAUCUUCCGAAAAGCCUCAAAGGAAUUACCGUGAAGGAUGUGAAUGAAGUUGAUGUAUUCAAAAUCCUGGAGUUUGACCGAAUAAUCGUCCCUAAUCAUGACCGCUCAAAAUACGUUGAACAGUGUCUUUAUCGGUCGGAAAGACAAGUUGUCAAGGUAGGCUGAUGGAUGACUGAAGUUUUCUUUCAUAAACUCUCUUCAUUUGGAUUGGAAUCUGGUCUGUAAAGAUCGUUGAAUGCCUCGCCGGUAUUGGCAAAUGGAAAUUCAAAAAUUUCAGCCAUUAAAGAGGGCUCUAGACGAAAGAUGCGUAGUAAACUCUGAAUUCAGCAUGUUGAAGUCAAAAACAAAUAAUUACAAGGAAUUUUAUACAGUGACGGACCUGAUCCGGCAAAGAACGUACCAUUUUUCAUCCGGGAAGUAUUUAAAAACGUGGCAAAAUGCCUCCCUCUCCAACUAUAAUAAAAAUACUCCGUUUUGAAGGGCCCUUCACGUCAAGAUUUUGCGCUCAAAGGGUUAUCUCUCAACACGAAAGUUGGCAUUCUGUUUCCGCUUAUGGAAGUGUCCAAAAAAUCCGUCUCAAUGACAGUUUUUUUGGACGAGGUCAGAGGAAAGGCGAAAUAUUGCGCUAAAUGAAGAGAUUUUCUAUCUCGAAACUGGCUCAUUUGAUUUUUUUCGUUUUAGGCUCAAAAAAUCCGCCUUGUUCCAGACUAUGUUUCCACGAAACUUCAAAUAGGGGCGAGGGAAAAUCUUAGAGAAAUCCUCGAAAUCGCAACAUUUUUUAGGCGUUGUUAGUUUAGGCUUCAAACAGAUAGAAGACGACCGAUUUUUUAUAUGAAAUAUAUAUGUUCAGGUUAAGCAAGAGCCCAGCUUCAAAUUUAUGUAUGCAAUCACCCCAUUCUACCCCAUCUUCAUCGUGUAAUCAGGCUCUCUUUGGAGCAAAAAAUUGUCUUUGAGAUCAAACAGAAUGCCAAGAAUUUUUCAUUGCUUGAGCGCUUUUGUUUUAUUUUUUCUUGACGUGCCCUUUCUCUCACAAAAAAAGCUACAAAAAGAGCGGGCGCGCUUUCGAAAUCGGAGUUUUUUCACCUGGAGAGGGAGGUAUUCCGCUACAUUUUUUGAUACUUCCCGGAUGCAAGAUGUUACUUUUUUUUGCCACUGCCUCAGGUCCGUCACUGCAGAUCUUCAACGACCAAAUAGGCUCAAAAUUAAUCUUUGAACUGUCCAUCACCAACUAAUUUGAACGCCUUUGAUUUUCAGGUAGCUCUCGAUUCCCAGAACAACGUUGUUGGCUAUGCUCGCCUCUCGGGAUUGUUGAACAACAAAGCCGGCUCGAUUGGUCCCUUCUAUUCCGACUCCAACAAAAUCGCCGAGGUUUUGCUAGCUCGCCUUCUCGAUGAUAGCAGUAUUUAUGAAGCAUGGGAAACGUUGAAUCCAAGGAUCAUUUCAUCAAAUGGGAGAGCAUUGGAAUUGUUCAGAAAAGCCUCCAAUGACAAGAUUAAACUGGAAUGUUCGAUGCACUCCCAGUUCACAAAAGAGUUGCUGCCCGUGCCAGAGGAAAAAGUGUACGGGUUCUUCGAAUGCGGACUCAGUUACAUCUAA